AUGGCAGCAAACUCUGCGACAGCUCCCGCAGCGUGGCGCCAAUUCUCUUUCUUCGACGUCGCUCCGGUCAAGGACGUGCAUGACCUCGCCAACGCCCCGGAGCUUUUCAAGGCUGCACACGAGAUCUCCUCGAUAACAUAUUGGAAUUCAUAUCUUCUUCUCGCGGAUAUUCACGGGAGCGUACAUAUCCUCAAUGACGACUUCGAGUCCACCCAAAGUUGGGUAGCCCAUAUUGGUGGACGAAUAACGCACAUGGUUGGACGGAGACAGAUUCUUGUCACUCUCGGAGAGGAGACUGGGGUGAAGUAUCCCAUAUUGAAGAUUUGGGACCUCACCAGUUUCGACAAGAAAUCUGGCUCCACGUCCCCGCCCACUCUGCUGCGAUCCGUCAAUGUACAACCAAGUACAAAGCGGCCACAUCCAGUGACUACAGUUGCACUCUCGGCCACCUUGUCCUACCUCGCCAUCGGGAUGGGUGACGGCACUGUCAUCGUGUAUCGACACCUUGAUCAGUCGCUCUUCUCUGGCUCGUCGUCACUUACAUCUCUACCUAAACCCCGCGUUAUUCACGAAUCUCCGACGGAGCCCAUCACCGGACUUGGCUUCCGAGAGCCCACGGAGGACAAUCUGAAUGUGCAUCUCUUGAUCGUAACGACGAAUAGGGUCUUGAGCUAUCAAGCGAGCGGGCGGGGGAGCGGCGGCGCGGCUGCGGUUGUGGACGAGAUAGGCGCCGGUCUAGGAUGCUCGACCAUGGACUGGCACGCUAAGGAUAUGGUGGUGGCGCGGGACGAGGCGAUCUAUCUUUUUGGAACAGAAGGCCGAGGCCAAUGUUAUGCUUACGAAGGCCAAAAAAUGUCCAUACACACCCACUUGAACUAUCUGGUCAUCGUAUCACCACCCUUCGCACCUUCAGCAUCAUCUGCCUCUGCGACCGUACGGAACUUCGUCGCCAGAAGCGGGGUCACAUCAGGCGCGAACGCGGAUGUCACAAAGGUGACGGUCUUUGAACUCGAGAACGGUAUCAUCGGCUAUUCAGGUACAUUCCCCGGUGGCGUGCGAGAGAUCUUUUCCGCCUGGGACGAAAUCUACAUCCUUCCCAACGACGGAAAGUUGCUGUGUCUCGAAGAGAAGCCCAUGUCGGAGAAGCUGGAUAUGCUGUACCGCAAAGGACAGUAUACGCUCGCGCUCCAGCUGGCCAAGACUCAGAAACUGGACGACACGGGCGUAGCGGAUAUUCACCGGCGGUACGGGGAUUCGUUAUACGCAAGAGGAGAAUACGACAGCGCGAUGCAACAGUACAUUCAUACUCUGGGAUAUUUACAACCGAGCUAUGUCAUCCGCAAGUUCCUCGAUGCUCAACGGAUACAUAAUCUUGUCACUUAUCUACAAGAGCUCCAUAGCCUCGGUCUUGCCAACGCCGACCAUACCACUCUACUCCUGAACACAUACACCAAGCUCAAGGAUGUCUUGCGGCUAGACAACUUUAUCAAGACGGAGUCCAGACGCGCAGACGGCAAAGGUGAUAAGGAUGAGCUACCGUUCGACCUGGAGACGGCAAUUCGCGUUUGUCGCCAAGCGGGAUACUUCGAGCACGCGAGUUACCUCGCGAAGAAGUACGACCGUCACGAAGAUUAUCUUCGGAUUCAGAUUGAAGACGCUGGCAACUACAAAGAUGCACUGGCGUAUCUGCGUAAACUGGGAACUGAGGCGGCAGAACACAACCUUGCGAGAUACGGCAGAGCAUUGCUGGAUAACCUACCUGACGAAACCACCCAACUCCUCAUUGACAUAUGCACGACCUCAGGGCUUCUACCGUCUGAGUCUGAUGAGCAGGACCAGGUCGUGUCUCCGGGAAAACAAAACUCUGCGGCAUCGUACCUGUCGUUCAUGGCGCUGCCUAUGGGCAACAUGGGCAACUUGAUAUCGUCGGAGUUGCCCACUCCCACCUCCACGCAUUCCACGGCUUCGGUCGCCAGCGGUGUAGCCACCAUCCGCCCCGGGGCGGGCGAUCUCACUCCGCGCAGAGCGGAAUCUGGGACCGCUGUCGCGGCCACGGACGUGGGUGUCAGCACGCCUGGGACCGCGACGCCGACAAUUGCAACUGGAUCCGCGCAUGCAAGGAUGGUCACGGUCGAUGUGCCGCUGCGAAAGCGUCCUUCUCCGCGGGUUUACUUUGCGCACUUCGUGGAUCAUCUGAACCGUUUCGUGGUGUUCCUCGAGACAGUGGCGCUUAAGCGAUGGGGUCAGAGCGUCGACGGCGGUGUGAGCGGCGUGAGUCCCGACAAGGGCGAGGACGAAGGGAACGGCAAACAAGAUCAGGUCGCGGUGUGGAACACGCUCCUGGAGCUAUACCUCACUCUUCCUGUUGAAGGCUCCACUUCCGACGCGGAGAAGCCUAUGCGAGACAAAGCCUUGCGCUUGCUCGAGCGCGCCGACCUGCCAUACGAUCCCACACAUGCGCUGAUCCUGUGCUCUAGCCGUGCCUAUACCCCCGGGCUCGUUCUCCUGUGGGAAAGACUCGGAAUGCAUGAGGAUGUGCUCCGAUUCUGGAUAGACAAGCACGGGGCCGGCGACGCGUCCGCCUCGCAUCAAGUCGUCGCAACACUGAACAAGUAUGGACCGAGCAAAAAGUCCUUGUACGUGCUCGUCCUGAGGUUUUUGACGAGUACAUCGGAGCUGUUACAAAAGCACGAGGGUGAUGUUCGGAGGGUGCUCGAGGAGGUCGAGAGGGAAGGAGUGCUGAGCCCUGUGGGGGUCGUACAGGUAUUGAGUAGGAAUGGGGUCGCAAGCGUGGGUCUUGUGAAGGAGUGGUUGAUGAAGAGAAUUGGGGAGGCGAGGGAAGAGAUCGAGACGGAUAAGCAGCUCACGAACUCGUACCGGCUUGAAACCGCCAGCAAGCUCAAGCAAGUCGAAGAGCUCGUGGAUCCGGAUCACCCGCGUGUCUUCCACGUUACGCGAUGCUCAACAUGCAAUGCGCCGCUGGAUCUGCCCGCCGUGCAUUUCAUGUGCAAUCACUCUUAUCACCAGAGGUGUUUGCAAGACCACGAAACCGAAUGUCCGCAAUGCGCUCGUGCGCAUGGUACCAUUCGUGAAAUACGACGGAACAACGAGCGGCUGGCUGAUCGGCACGACUUGUUUGUAGCCGACGUCCAGGAACAUGGGUUUGGCGCCGUUGCGGCGGGCUUCGGAAGGGGCGUAUUGAACAUGCCUCGGUUCACGGAGGAUGGAAAAGUCUAG